CAAGGAAAUAAUAAAAGCAAAAUGGAAAGGACAAGAAACAUGCUUUUUAUUUCCUGCAGUUUUUCAUGUUUGCUGCAAUUUUCUUUCUUGCGUUUUGGAUCAUCACAGAACCUACAGAUCCAAGCUAUACCACAGACAGUAGAUAUGGGAGAAGAUACACUGACUAUUAUAUGCUCCUUAAACAAUCCAUCUCUGGUCAAGGCAUUGUAUCUUAUGGUACUGCAGAGGAACUCUUCCAACUCUUUUGAAAACGUGGUUUCUAUUAUAAUGAAUGCAAAUAAUUAUCAAGAAGAGAUAAGGUAUUACGACUCAACUUUGCAAGCCAGAACAAUUGCAACAGGGUCUCUAGAACCACCUUCUACAUCGGAACUUAGAUUAACUUUUACAAAAGAAAACUUGAGAUGUCCAGAUGAUUUCAAAGAAUGCAGGUGUAAACUGAGUGGAUUGGAUAGUAAUUCAAAUAUUAUCUCUGAACAAGAUGCUGAAUCAGUUCCUGUACAGGUUUAUUAUAGAGUGCAGCCAAUUGUAAUUGAGAUGCCCAGAGUGAGGAUACUAGGAGAACAGUUUGACACAAAUGAAAGACAGUUUGAAGUAGGAACAGCUUUACAGUUAACUUGUAUAGGACAGAUAGGCAGUGAUCCUAGUGCUAUAAUACGGUGGUGUGCUAAGACUGCUGGAGCACAGUCCUUCACAGGGUUACCAAUGACACCAGUCCACUCCCAGGCCUCACCAUCUGGCUGUCAGUACACUCGUUCUAGUUCUAUCACCUACAACCUUACAAGCGUCGACACCUAUAAACAGUUUCUGUGUGAGUCUGGAUCCUCUGGUCUCUGUGGAACAGGAACAGCCAUACAGUUUCUUAACAUUACCCUGACAUGGUCGCAGAACCUACAGAUCCAAGCUAUACCACAGACAGUUGAUAUGGGAGAGGAUACAAUGACUAUUAUCUGCUCCUUAAACAAUCCAUCUCAGGUCAAGGCAUUGUAUUUUAUGGAACUGCAGAGGAACACAUCCAACUCUUUUGAAAAUGUGGUUUCUAUUUUAAUAAAUAUAGAUAAUUAUCAAGAAGAGAUAAGAUAUCGCGAUUCAACUUUACAAGCCAGAACAACUGCAACAGGGUCUCUUGAACCACCUUCUACAUCGGAACUUAGAUUAACUUUUACAAAAGAAAACGUGAGAUGUCCAGAUGAUUUCAAAGAAUGCAGGUGUAAACUGAGUGGAUUGGAUAAUAAUUUAAAUAUGAUCCCUGAACAAGAUGCUGAAUCAGUUCCUGUACAGGUUUAUUAUAGAGUUCAGCCAACUGUAAUUGAGAUGCCCAGAGUGAGGAUACUGGGAGAACAGUUUGACACAAAUGAAAGACAGUUUGAUGUAGGAACAGCUUUACAGUUAACUUGCAUAGGACAGAUAGGCAGUGAUCCUAGUGCGACGAUUCGUUGGUGUGCUAAGACUGCUGGAGCACAGUCCUUCACAGGGUUACCACAGACACCAAUCCACUCCCAGGCCUCAACAUCAGGCUGUCAGUACACACGAACCAGUACUAUCACCUACAACCUUACAAGCAGUGACACCUAUACACAGUUUCUGUGUGAGUCUGGAUCCUCUGGUCUCUGUGGAACAGGAACAGCCAUACAGUAUUUUAACAUUACCCUGACAUUAUCUCCGAAUCUGCAGAUCCAGGUUCAACCACAAGUCGUAGAGUUGGGAAAGGAUGAAUUGGUCAUUGUUUGUUCCAUACAAAGCGCAUCACAUGUCAGCGUGUUAUAUAAUAUACACCUGCAGAGAAACACUUCGAACGGUUUUGAGACAGUUGUAGCUCUUACCUUGAAAGAUCAACGAGAAGUGAUAACGUAUGAAGAUUUAACAUUGAAUAACUUGACAACAGCCACGGGCUCCCUAAAUCUUGAUUCAGAAGAGCAGCUAAGAGUUACCUUUCCAAAGUCCAAUAUCAGAUGUCCAGAUGAUUUUAAAGAGUACAGAUGUAAAAUGAGUGGGCUAGACAGUAAUUCAAAUAUGAUUUCUGAGAAAAUUACCGAAACAAAUCCAUUGCAAGUUUCUUAUAAAGUUAGGCCAGUGUUUAUUGAAACACCAAAAGUGAGGAUACUAAGAGAACAGUUUGACACAAAUGAAAGACAGUUUGAAGUAGGAACAAAUUUGCAGUUAACUUGUACAGGACAGAUAGUCAGUGAUUCUAGUGCGCAACCUUCUCUCAGUCAGGAUGUUUACAGAGAUCACCAAUAUAGCAGGAGACAUUGACAAUACGGUGGUGUGCUAAGACUGCUGGAGCACAGUCCUUCACAGGGUAACCAAUGACACCAGUCCACUCCCAGCCCUCACCAUCUGGCUGUCAGUACAUUCGUUCUAGUACUAUCACCUACAACCUCACAAGCAGUGACACCUAUACACAGUUUCUGUGUGAGUCUGGAUACUUUGGUCUCUGUGGAACAGGAACAGCCAUACAGUAUCUUAACAUUACCCUGAAGAGCUCAGAGUCACAAAAGGGUGCAUCCAGGGCAUGUUCAACAGGCUAUAUCUUCUCAGUGUUAUUUGUUACCUGUUCCGGACUGGUAAUGUUUCUCAAGUUCAGGAAUUAGAUCGGAGUCAAUUUGAUUAAA